CUUCCGUUUAGAGACGUAUCAUCACAGACAUGGCGGCUAGCUCACGGCGGAAUCUCCCUGGAGCAGAGAACCAAGACCCACUUUCCGAAAUGGCAGAUGAAGACAGUGACGAAGGGGAGGAUAUAUUCGUUGGCAAUAGCAACCCUGUUGCAGAGGCCUUUCAGCCUAACACAGCCAAUGGUGAAGAACCAGCUGACCUCUUCAGUGAAGAAGAAACUAGCACCGCUGUCAACAGUUCCAUCACAACCUCUAAGUCCAACGGUGUCCAUUCAGACAAUGAGAAUGAUCUAUUUGCAGAGGUCUCGGUGGAGCUGUCCUUGGAGAACCCCAGCACCACAGCCAGGGAGAACCCCAGCACCACAGCCAAGUCCUCUGGAGCUGAAUUCACCCCAUCACUUACACUAUCAGCAACGCAACCUGAGUCUAUGGAGCAGUUGGAAGAGGAAAAGGAUGAGGACAGCUUUGACAUGGAGGUUGCUGUCACCAAUCCAGAGAAAAUUGGAGAUGGCAUGAACGCUUACAUGGCCUACAAGGUGUCCACUCGGACUACAUUACCCAUGUUCAGGAACAGGACAUUCUCGGUGUGGAGGAGGUUCAGUGAUUUCCUUGGGCUGUAUGAGAAGCUGUCGGUGAAGCACUCCCUGAACGGCUGUAUCAUCCCUCCACCACCAGAGAAGAGCGUUGUGGGGAUGACCAAAGUGAAGGUGGGAAAGGAUGACUCUUCCUCGGCUGACUUUGUGGAGAGGAGGAGAGCGGCUCUGGAGAGGUACCUGCAGAGAGUAGUGUGUCACCCGUCCCUGUUACAAGACCCUGAUGUCAGAGAGUUCCUGGAAAGAGACGAGCUGCCUAGGGCGGUGGGUACACACACACUGAGUGGAGCUGGCUUCCUGAAGAUGAUCAACAGAGCAUCAGAUGCUGUCAGUAAGAUGACCAUUAAGAUCAGCGACUCGGAUGCUUGGUUUGACAACAAACUGCAGGAGGUGGAGAGCGAGGAGCUGCAGCUGAGGAAACUCCAUGCGGUGGUGGACUCCCUGGUCAACCACAGAAAGGAGCUCUGCGGGAACACAGCAGUGUUCGCCAAGAGCAUGGCCAUGCUGGGCAACUCGGAGGACAACACAGCUCUGUCCCGGGCCCUCUCCCAACUGGCCGAGGUGGAGGACAAGAUGGAGACGCUACACCAGGAGCAGGCGGCCAGCGACUUCUUCAUCUUGGCCGAGCUGCUGGCCGACUACAUCCGCCUACUAGGGGCCGUCAGGGGCUGUUUUGAGCAGCGCAUGAAAACGUGGCAGCGCUGGCAGGAGGCUCAGAGCACCCUGCAGAAGAAGAGGGAGGUUGAGGCAAAGCUUCUGUGGGCCAACAAGCCUGACAAACUACAACAGGCCAAAGAGGAGAUCACUGAGUGGGAGGGUAAAGUCACUCAGUACGAGAGGGAUUUUGACAGGAUCUCUGUAACCGUUCGCAAGGAAUUCCUCAGGUUUGAGAAAGAGAAAUCCAAGGACUUCAAAAGCCAGAUAGUGAAAUAUCUGGAGUCUCUUCUACAGUCUCAACAGCGGCACGUAAAGUUCUGGGAAGCAUUCCUGCCUGAAGCAAAAGCAAUAGCAUGAUGAGGCUUGAGGACAUUAGGAAGAGAACGACUGCCUUUUUGAACACUUUACCUCCUGACUAUAUACCCAGAAGACAAUGCAACAGAAGGGACAACUACUCUACAGCUCAUCCAUAUUAUUUUAGCGUUAGUGAUUUAUUUUCCAGCUUUUCAGUAUGCUCUACAUCGGCACAAUGUAUUGAUUCAACAGAGAUGAAUUUGACAGUAUAGCUUUUCUAAGUAAACAUGUCAGUGGUGUAAGUGGGAUAUUUUUUACUCUGUGUUCUUGGGCCACCCUUACUCAGAUAGGAAGAGUUUGACUUAACAAUCCUAAAGUGUUCACAUUUUGAGGUACUUUUAGUAGUGUUUGUUUACAGUGGAGGGCAGUUCAUAACUGUUUACAAAAGCUCAUGAAAUAACUUUUGGAUCCACAAACGCAUAGGGGAAUGUAGUAAAUUGUGUGUGUCGUGUGAAAUACCACGUUGACUAGAGAGCUCAUUCAAACUGAUAGACGGACUAAUACCAACGGUCCUCAAUUUGUGCAUUUACAGACCUACAGUGAAGGGACAAAAUAAUGGAAGCAUGGAGUGUAUGUUUAUGGUGACCCAUCAGAUGAGUGUGCCUGCCUGUGUCUUUGUGCGUGUUCACCAUUGUUUGAUCAUCAGUUGAUAUACAUCUGUAACCUCAAAUAAUUAUGACCAACAACAGUCUUUCUGAACUGACCAUCAGUAUAUUUUUUACGUCUGUGUUCAAACAUGUAGCCUCAUUGAAUUCAAUGUGAUUGUGAAAUGUGUCAUGAUCAGUGUUGGAAAAAGUACUCAAUUGUCCUACUUGAGUAAAAGUAAAGAUAAGUCAAUGAAAAAUUACUCAAAAGCAACUGUCACCCAGUAAAAUACUACUUGAGUAAAAUUAUCUGGUUUUAAAUGUACUUAAGUACAGUGGUUGAAGAAGUACUAAAUGUUCAUACUGGAGUAAAAGUACAAAAUAAAAGUCAAUGCUAUACAUAAAAUUCCUUAUAUUAAGCAAACCAGACGGCACGAUUUUGUUUUUUAUUUAUUUACAGACUGUGGCACAUAAUUCUAUCCUGCCUCAGCAUUCAAAAUGUAAUAAGUUAUUUUGGGUGUUGGGGUAAAUGUAUGGGAGUAGUACAUAUCUUUAGGAAUGUGGUGGAGUAAAAGUAGUCAAAUAUAAAUAGUAAUGUAAUGUACACAUACCCAAGUAUUUUUUUAUUCAGUACUUUAAACCACUGGUCAAGUUUCCUCACAAUUUUGAUAAACUAGCAACAGUGCUUGACUUGGACUGAAAUAGGUGUCAGUACUCAUUUUGUGUGCUGGUACUGUUAAGGUGCAGGAAGUCCAUAAUACUUUUGAACUAAAUAUUCUAUAUAAGGUGCAGGAACUCAAGCAGUAGAAAAUUAGGUGCCGCUAUUCAGUUCCGGUUGGGGUUAUACCCAAAUCCAGCACUGACUAGCAGUGUGUAAUGAUGAUGAAAGCAAAGUGAUAACAAGUGUUGACUCCUUUAGUUUUCUUACCCAACAUUUAUAUGAGUGUCUGUUCUUUUUCCUCAAGAUGUGCUUUAUUUUUGUAACCACUUGCAUUUAGAUAAGAUAUUCCUGAAAAUUCUACAGAAGUGAGUAAUAAAGAUGAUUGACUGAA